AUGGUAGCUGAUGUGGAUGAGAAGAAGGCGCCACUCAUGUCCUACCGCACAGUUCGCGACAUCCCUCGCGAGCGAUGGCGGCUGCGCAUCUUGCGGGCGGAGAAAGACACUAUGUUCGUGGAGAUCGAUGCAGCGGCGAAGAAGUUUGAUGACAGCACCAAUGAUGUCACCAGCUCCAUGUCGGCGCGCACCGCCGCCACGACGACGAGGUUGGCACAUCCACGACCAUCACUGAUAACGAGGAAGAGUAGAACAUGGGAGACUGCCGCCGCUUUGGUCCCAGGAAGGCCACCGCCACCGUCUUGCCGGGCCUCUCAACUGUCGACCACAACCCGAUAAAGAUCGAGAUUCCAUCGAGAGCUGGCAAUGAAAAUGGAUCUGAAGAUGAUCAUCGUGUGCUCGGUCGUCGGCUCUCUCGGGGUGCUCAGUGCCAUCCUGGGCUUCUCAGCCGAGGGCACGAAGCUCACUAUUUUUGACGUGUACGAGGGUGUAGGGGUGUGCCUGAACCCGCAGAACCCCGCGUUCGGGCUCGGGGUGUGCGCGGCCAUCUUCCUGGCCGUAGCUCAGAUCAUCUUCGCCACCCUCGGCGGCUGCUGCGGCUGCUGCAAGUCCCGCGCCAUCCCCUCCCAGAGCAAACGGGUCAUCGGCGUCAUCUGCGCCGUCUUCUCAUGGAUUGUGGCGGCGGUCGCCUUUGGGAUGCUGGUGGUAGAAGCGGCCGCAAACGCCCCCGGGACGCGUGAAACGUCAGCGUCCGGCUAUUGCUACAUCCCCAUAGACGGCAUCUUCGCCGGCGGCGCCGCGCUCACGCUCGUCGCCACGGCCCUCGGGAUCACCUCCUACGUCAUGCUCCGCACGCAGCCUGCCACUGUUGCCGAGACCGCCGCGCCCAAGGAAGGCGAGCAGAUGCCGGCGAGCGCCGCCGGGAUCUCGACGGGGCAGCCGCAGUUCCCGUCGCAGCCUCCCCAGGGGCAGCCGUACGACCAAGCGCCCUACCCGCCUCCUCCGGCACAGGGCUAUGGAGCGCACGCGCCCAACCAGCAGCAGCAGUUUCCCCCUCCUACUACAGAAGGCUACGCAGCGCACGCGCCGAACCAGCAGCACCCCCCUCCUUCUGCUCCUCCUAAAGGACACGAACAGGUGUAA